AUGCGUCGUCGUCGGUCGCCCAAUGCCAGCAACCAUGGAAUCACGAGCGAAUCCUCUUGUACCUCUCCCAUCGAUACCGACGAUGAUAGACCGUUCGAGCCCGAUUCCUCUGAGACCGAUCUCACCGAGCCGGAAUACUCCCCUCCAGCGGGUCGAACGAUUGCUAGGAAGAAGUCUCAUCCAAACUCUGGAACAAAAUCGUUACCAGCAGACUUGUCGAAUAUGGAGCGUGUCCACCAGGCCCGAUACCAAGUCCCGGAUGAUGACACGGAUGAGGACCUGGCCCAGGUGCCGGAGGAUUACGGCCGAUCCAACCAAACGAAGAAGUUGAAACUUCGACUGAAAGAGCGUUGGGCUUGGUUCUGCUAA